UAGUCUGAUCGGAGCUAUCCAGUAGCCAUGGCGGAGCCGAUUUCCAACGGCACGACCGUUUCCAAGAAAUGCUUCAAGAAAGCUGUAACCAAAACCCAGAAGAAGGAAGGAAAGCGCAGGCGAUGCCGCAGGGAGAGCUAUUCUGUUUAUGUCUACAAGGUGCUGAAGCAGGUGCACCCCGACACCGGCAUCUCGUCCAAGGCCAUGAACACCAUGAACUCCUUCGUCGGUGACAUCUUCGAGCGCAUCGCGGGUGAGGCGUCGCGCCUGGCGCACUACAACAGGCAUUCGACCAUCACGUCCCGGGAGAUCCAGACGGCCGUGCGCCUGCUGCUGCCCGGGGAGCUGGCCAAGCACGCCGUGUCCGAGGGCACCAAGGCCGUCACCAAGUACACCAGCGCCAAGUAGAG